AGGAUUUGCCACUCGGAAGCUGGGGCGAUACUUAUUCAAAACUCACAACGUAUUUUCUUACAGAGAAAUAUGGCUUCAGUUUUUCAUUACUUCCUGUUAGUUCUGGUCUUUCUGGAUACACAUGCAGCUCAGCCUUUCUGUCUGCCAGGAUGCACUUGCUCAGAGGAGAGUUUUGGCAGGACUCUGCAGUGCACAUCUGUCUCCUUGGGAAAGAUCCCUGGGAACCUUUCUGAAGAGUUCAAGCAAGUGAGAAUUGAAAACUCACCCUUAUUUGAGAUGCCCCAAGGGUCUUUCAUCAACAUGAGCACCUUGGAAUACCUUUGGCUCAAUUUUAACAAUAUCAGUGUGAUCCACCUAGGAGCCCUGGAACACCUGCCAGAACUGAGGGAGCUGAGACUGGAGGGGAACAAGCUCUGCUCAGUACCAUGGACAGCGUUCCGUGCCACCCCUCUCCUGAGGGUCUUGGAUCUCAAACGCAACAAGAUUGAUGCACUCCCUGAGCUGGCUCUUCAAUUCUUGGUCAGCCUGACCUACCUUGACCUAUCCUCCAAUAGGCUUACAGUUGUAUCCAAGAGUGUCUUCCUGAACUGGCCAGCCUACCAGAAAUGCCGGCAGCCUGACUGUGGGGCUGAGAUUGUCUCCAGCCUGGUGGUGGCCCUGCAUGACAACCCCUGGGUAUGUGACUGUCGCCUAAGGGCGCUUGUCCAGUUUGUCAAGUCCAUUACCCUCCCAGUCAUCCUGGUGAAUUCCUACCUGAUAUGCCGGGGCCCUCUGUCCAAGGCAGGGCAGCUUUUUCAUGAAACUGAGCUUAGUGCUUGCAUGAAGCCACAGAUCUCAACCCCCAGUGCCAAUGUCACCAUCCAGGUGGGACAGAAUGUGACCCUGCGAUGCUUGGCACAGGCCAGCCCUUCACCAUCCAUUGCAUGGACUUAUCCCCUGAGUAUGUGGAGAGAAUUUGAUGGAUUGCUGGGAAGCAAACACCUGACACCAGUGUUGACAUCUUCUACUGGAGAAGACACUGCUCUGUCGGAGCUGGCCAUACCUGCUGCCCACCUGGUAGACAGUGGUAAUUACACCUGCAUGGCCUCCAACUCCAUUGGCAAGAGCACACUUGUAAUCUCUCUCCAUGUCCAGCCUGCCCAGGCCCUACAUGCACCUGAUUCUCUUUCCAUCCCCUCAGAGGGCAAUGCCUACAUUGACCUGCGGGUUGUCAAGCAGACAGUGCAUGGGAUUUUGCUGGAGUGGCUUGCAGUGGCUGACACCUCUAAGGAGGAGUGGUUCACCCUCUACAUUGCAUCGGAUGAAGCCUUCAGGAAGGAGGUGGUUCACAUUGGCCCCGGAAUCAAUACUUAUGCCGUGGAUGACCUCCUUCCUGGCACAAAAUAUGAGGCCUGCCUCAGCCUAGAGGGCCAGCCUCCACACCAGGGCCAGUGUGUAGCUUUUGUAACAGGCAGAGAUGCUGGUGGGCUAGAGGCACGUGAGCGCCUCCUGCAUGUCACAGUGGUCCUAUGUGUGGUGCUGCUUGCAGUGCCUGUGGGCGCCUAUGCCUGGGCAGCCCAGGGCCCCUGCAGCUGCAGCAAGUGGGUCCUGCGCUGCUGUGUUCAUCGCAGGAAAGCCCCCAGCUGCCCCCCUGCAGCCCCGCAGUGCAGGGAUGGCUCCUUUAGAGAGCAUCCAGCUGUCUGUGAUGAUGGUGAAGGGCACAUAGACACUGAGGGGGACAAGGAGAAAGAAGCAACGGAAGACAACAGCUGAACAACCCAGGCCAUGGGGUGGAAAUGGCUUGGGCUUCAAGCCUCUGAAACCAACCCUUUGCAGCAGCUCCAUCCAUUUAUCCAACAAGUAUAUAUUGAGCACCCACUGUGUUCCAAGCACUGAACUUGACACAGGAAGGUUCAAGAGUAAAAAGGGAAAUAGUGUCUUUAUCUUCAUGAUAAAGGGGACAUAGUCAUUAUCUCUGUAAAGUUAAAGUCAAUGAAGAUUUGUCCUAUCAAAUUAAUUAUUUUAUUAUACAUGGUGUUUAGAAAUCACUAAAUAUUACUCUUUGCAUAUACUUAGCCUUAUAACAUUUACAUGUUUAUACAUAGCGUCUAUGUAUAACAUUUUACAUAUAUUAUCCUGUAAAUGAAGGUAGACUUCUACCCACUUUUUAUAGGUGAAGAAACUGCAGCCUGCACAGUUCAAUGAUACACCCAGAGUUCCACAUCUGGCAGGAGGCAGAAGCCCCAUUCAAAAGAGGUUCCAAUUCCAUUGUUUCCUUGAAUGUCUGUAUUGCAGUAUUCUUGUGUCUUUCAUUGUUUAUAAAGUGUGACCCUCUCUCUUCAUGACAAACUCCCAAUGAGAUCACAUAAAUGUGAUGUUCCAAAGAGCUGCCCAUCAGGGUGGAUGAGAGCUGUUAGGUAAUGUGAGUCUGUUUUUGUGGGUGUCUGUUCCCCUGUGAGCACAGCCCUUGGUGCUGCUGGGCAGGCUGGAGCCAUCAGCACUGAGGAAGAGCAGGGGAUUGGCUGCAGCCCUGGGUCUGGCAGAGAGCAGACUCUGCAGGGCCAUACCCAGAAGGAAGAGCACCCAUAUGUCUGCUGCUUUCCCCUAGUCAAUGUCUCAAGCCCUCCUAUGAAAUCCAAGAGAGGUGGUCAUUUCCUCUUAGCCGGACUCAUGUGGAAUGGAGGGGCCCCAAGAAUCCCAGCAUCAGCUCAUCGUCCCUCUGAACAGCCCUUCUAGGGGAGACUAUUCCCAGGAUUUAAUCCACAUCUGUCUCCCUGCAGUUUUCAUCACUGGCCACAUGGAAACCUUUUGAAGAGUGUAAACAUGAACUAGCCCCAUUGUGACAUCUCCACACAUGUUUCCUCCUUCCCACCUUUUUUACCCAUUCCUAAUCAUCCUUUUAGGCCUCUCUCAAGUGUGUACAUUAUAUCUUCCACAGAGCUUUCCUUGACUUCACGCUUCUGGGGAAAAGGACAGUAUGCAUGGUGUGUCCAUUGGUUGUGAGACAUUUGCAGGCAAAGACUGACCUUCCUUACUGUGGCCACUGCACUCGUCUAAUACCUGGAUUGUGUUCAUAAUCAAUGUUAGUUAACAAUAAAUUUUAAGAAAUUGAAGACGGCUCUCAUUUUCAGACUAAUUGUCCACUCAUUUCUUCAGGUUCUACUCAUUUGUUUUCUUCUGGGCAUUAGAAAAAAAAAACUCUAAAUU